AUGGCUCCGGGCCGGCGUCGGCGCCCGGCCUCGGGCUCCCCGGCAGCCGCCCGUGCGCCGCGCCGACGGCCGCCGCCGCGCUGUCCGCCCCCCGCCCCCGGCCGGGUCUCCGCCGCCCCCGCUCCGUCCCCGCCGGCCUCCCGCCGCUCCGGGCUCGGCCUCCGCCGCGCCCAGCGGGUCCCCGACCCUGCCGCGAGCCCGGGAGCCGGGAGCCGGGCGGGCCUCCACCGCACUGCAGAGCGCGGCGCCGCCGGCAGCCCGCCCACCCCGGCCCGCAGCUCGGCCCCCAGCCGGAGCCGCGGCCGCCCGGCCCCGCACAAGAUGAUGGAGAUAUCAAACUUAGUGGUCAUAAAACAGAACCUUGACUACCUAAACGCAAACCUUGAAAAUGACCUGCAGAGACUGGAUGAGGCAAAUCAGAUUCUUCUUAGAAAAAUUCAAGAGAAAGAAGAAACAAUUGAAAGUCUGGAAAGAGAUAUCACCCUGUCAGUAGGAAAAGCCAAAGAGAGAAAAGAGAUGGAGCAGAUCCUGUCUGACAAGGAGGACACCCUGAGGGCCCUGGAACUGGAGACCGCCAAGCUGGAAAAAAAGAAGAAGAUCCUAGCCAGGAAUUUGAGGGAGCUUCGAAAGAAGGUCUCAAGGAGAUGUAAGAAUGCUGUCCUUAGUAAAGGAACUCUGAAGCAGAGUUUAGUAGAACUGAAGGUACAACUACGGAAGUCAACAGAGUCCUGCAUACAGCAAGAGAAGGAAAUGGUCAAGAUAGAGAGUGACUACCAAUCUGUGUAUCAGCUCUGUGAGGACCAGGCCCACUAUAUAAAGAAGUAUCAGGAAAUUCUGAGACACAUAGAAAAGGAAAAAGAUGUUCUACUGCUGGAGAAAGAAAUAUCCAAAGCCCAGAAUAACUCUUCCCAAACAGUUAAACCUGGGUCAAUUCUAGUGGAAAGCAUCAAAAAUAACAUGGAAAAGACCCUCAUUAAGAAACAGAAGAAAGUAUUUUGGUACAGGCAUAUCCGGUGUCUUGUCUUCAUGAUCAUGAUCUUCAUCAGGCUGCUGGGCUAUGUGGUUUUCUAUCUGCAGUACAUGAACCCAGACUUUCUGACAGAUACCCUGCCCAUGGUAAUGAGCAGGCGCAACCUGAAGAGGCUGAGGGACCUCUUAUUUCCUUUCCUUACUCUAGAGACAGAAGAAGUUCUGCCACACUAG